AUGGAUAUGUCAUUAUCUCGUGAAUUCUGGCAUUCUCAACUUGAAAGAUACAACAUGGAAUGUUCAUUAUCAUUACCCUUUGAUCGACAACCUUCAUCAACUAAUCAACAACGAUCGGGUUUAGCAUCCAUAGCUGAAAUCAUUUUCGAUAACGAUAUAUGCACAUCAUUUCUAAACUAUGCAUCAUCACAUCAUCUCACACUUUUUCAACUUGGAUUAUCCACAUUUUAUGUUUUCCUAUUCAAACUAUCCCAUGGUGGGACUGAUUUAUGUAUUGGUUCUAUUAAUGCCAAUCGAUAUCGAAAUGAACUACAAAAUCUGAUUGGAAUGUUUGUUUCAACAUUGCCAUAUCGUUUAGAAAUCGAUUCUCAUUGGUCAUUUGACGAACUUGUUAAAUAUGUACGAGAGAAAUGCUUAUCAAUUCUUGAACAUUCUCAUUAUCCACUUCAACGUAUUCUUGAUGAUAAUGAAUUAAAUCAAUCAAAUGUAUCAUUUCUUGAGACAAUGUUUGAUUUUAUCACUGUGUCAAAAGAUAUGGGACAUUUAAGUUUGAAUGAUGCAAAUUUAGAGCGAAUAUCAUUAGAACAAUCAGUUGAAAUGUCUAAAUUUGACUUCUCAUUAACAUUUGUAUACAAUCCAUCAUCCCAUAACAAGAGAUUAUUAUGUAGUUUUGUUUGUUCACGUGAUUUGUUUGAAAAAUCAACUAUUUCAAAAAUAGCUCAAAGAUUUCAGUAUAUGUUUGAGCAACUGUUUCAAACACAAUCAAGCAACAUUCCUGCUAUAAAUGCGAGUUCAUCGAUUAACAAAGUGUGUCUUAUUCUUCCUGAGGAAGCUGAAGAAAUGGAUUUGGUCGUGUUUCAUCGAUUGGAGAAUAUUGUGAAUGAAGCACCAGCAUCAUUUGCACAAGCUCGUAUUUGGCUUGAUGAAAGAAUUCGAUUCGAUCCAGACAAGCCUCAAAUAGCAAUCUAUAAUAUGCCUUUUGUUUAUCGUCUGCAACCAGGUCAUACUUUAUCAAUUAAACAACUUCGUCAUGCACUUUAUCUCACUAUUAA